AUGGCUACAACAAAGGAAGAUUCAGCAGUUUCUGAAUCAGUCAUUUUCGGCGACAAUGGAACAGUUGUUGGUGGUGAUAAUCGACCAGUUGUUGGUGGCGAUGAACGACCAGUUGUUAAUGGUGAUGAUCGACCAAUUGUUCUCGAGAAAGGAGUUAAAGGUUCUGUGGUCGUAGUCAAUAGAACAAAGCACUAUGCCUUUAUCAAAAGACGAGACAAACCAGAAUAUCGUGAUUUAUUUGUUCGAGAAGCGUCUAUUGUUGGUAAUAUUCGUGAUAAGAGAUUCUUCGUAUCAGACUUAUCAUUCUAUGAAAUACCGGAUUGUUUAAAAACCUUAACUGAAUUAGAAGAAAGAUUAAUAUCACCGAGAAUUCCUUUUAUGGUAAUUCGAAGUUUAGGUUAUUCUAAACAAUUUGAUCUCAAAGGUAACCUUGUAAAUGUUCCGAUGAAUGUUGACACAAACGUUUCAAUCUUACCCAGAACUUUUAGUGAUACUCAAACAAUUCAGUUAAAACUCAUGAGACAAAUGAAAAAUAAAAAUGCUUUUAUGUACGAAACAAUUCGACCAAAAGUCGUACAUACAGCUGUUAAAUAUCUUGUUGAACAAGAACUUUAUAAAGAUGAAGGGAUUGUUAUAUCUAAUGAUUGGCUAAAUCAGCACUUCAGUGAAAGAGAAAAUUUUAUCGUUAAUGAUGAAGAUAAAAAAAUUAAUGAGAAUGAAAACACAAAAGGUUCUGACGAUGAUGACAACUGGAAUGAGUGCGACGACGAGCCAAUCAAUCCAGGAGCUACUGAAACAUUAUUAAAUGAUGAAAUUGCCGAUCAAAAUGAUACCGGUAUUAAAUUUGCUCCAGCCGAGAAUAACAGACCGAUAUCUAUUUUGAUGGACUUGAAAGUUGACGAGUUGACAUUUCCGAAAAUUUAUUGUGGAAAACAACGAAAAAUUAAAGAAAAUACUAAAUUAACUUAUGCUAAAACUGCUAAAAAUGAUCCUGUAACAUGCAUUCGUUAUUUUGAACAUAGAUUAAAAUGUUUAUGGGAAAUAUUAUCGGCUCCUUAUAGUCCAUUUCAAGGCUAUGAAUUAGAAGAUAAAUAUGUCAGAGUUGAAUUCCAAGUCCGUGGUUCACCACAUAUUCAUGCUCUAGUAUGGUUAAAAAAUGCUCCGAAAUACGACAAAGAUAAACCUGAAUCAAUUGAAAGAUGUACAGAAUUUAUUGAUAAACUGAUUUCGGUUAAUUGGAAUAUUUCAUUUCAAAUUCAUGUGAUUGAACAUAAAAUUUUACUCUAA